AGAAGCUGGGUAUAGAGACAAGACAUUAUUCUAUGAAACCGGUUAAUAUGGUGCCUUUAAGAUAAAAACUACGUUGUGUAAAUUGACGUUGUGCGCUUAUCUCUAACUAUAGCUCAAGAUAUGCUAGAUCAACACAAAUGAGAAGUGUGUAUGCAUGCUCAUAAUGUAUGAAGUAUAGCGCUGGUGUUUUGAGGUUGCAAUUUAUUGUCAUUACAAGAACAGUAUGGAAUACAAAUACCACCUUGAAGAAUAUUUGGAAGCAUUUAUUUAGAUUAAGGAAUGGAUAACUAAGUUCUUAUUAAAGAGAUAAUGAAGAUGAAACAUAAAUAAAACUAAAAUAAUAGUUUUUCGUGUUGCAGCAUAAUGCCUGGGUUGUUACACAGACUUCUUGGCAUAGUCGUUGUUGCAAUGUAUAAUGAAACAGGAACUGGCUUGUACGGGGAAGGAAACUUAUUGGCGGUCCCUCGGGAGACACGUGCUGUAGAUAUGUCAUUGAACGACGAGAUAAAGUAUGUGAUCGACCACAAAAUGAGUGCCUGUCACGCCCCGAAAUGUCAGAAAUGUUUUACCAUUGCCCCUGAUCCAGUUAAUCCGACCUCGAAUGAUAAACCGAUGCGGUGUCCGAAAAAUAAAUCUUGCGUUGAAUCUUACUCCUAUCGUGAUUUGGAAUCAAACUAUACAAGAGGGCAGAAAAUAGAAUGCAACGGAAUAGUUGGAGUAACUGUUGAUUGUUGUCUGUUGAGGGCUGCAAUACCAAACGGUUAUUGCAAGAACGGUGGUAAACCGGUUUGUGAGGUAAAGGCGGCAACAGCAGAGGGUGGACAAAGAUGGAAGAAACCAAAAUGUGCUUGCAAGCCUCUCUGGACGGGAACCACGUGUACAACAAGCAGAGAGACAAAGAUACUUUGUAGUUGCUACAGCGGCUACCACGAGUUUAAUGGGCAAAGGUCGCUGCCACAUUGUCAAGAUUUACAAAAGCAAGAGAACUGGACAGUAUGUCAUAUGACGUUAAAUGACAUGUUUAGCUGCAUAUGCAAUAAAACAGAAUCAACCAACAGAAAUAGUAAAGAAGAUGCUUCAAAUGCUACUUUAGGUUGUAACGAAGUAUAUCACGGCAUGGUUAUGUCUACGGAAGCAAACUUUUCAACUUUGGUACCGGAAGCGGAAAUCAUGUCAUCUCCAAUCAAUAGUCUGUCAUCUAUAAUAUUGCCAAGCAACCGUAUUAUGUACUUUUCGACAAUUGCUAUGGCGACAGUGUAUAUAAACACAGGAUGAAUUUAAGUGCUUAUAAUGAUACACAAUGAGAGGAAUAUUUAGUGCAUCAGACUGGAUCCCAAGAAUGGUGCUGAUGGAUCCUACCGCCAAGGAAUAACUUGGGUGUUGUCAUUGCAAACAGUGGAAUUCUGUAUGAUCAUGCAUUUAUUCAGCAUACGAGAAUUCAAGAGAAGUAUUGUGAAAAAUGGAUGCAAAUAUUCGUGUACAGCAUCCAAGGCUUGUGACAAAAGUUAAGAAACAUUGUAAAUAGUGUAGAGACCAUAGUUUCUACAAACGUUCGAUGAAACUUAGUCAAAACGUUUGUCUUUUUAACUUGUAUGUCAGUAAGAGCAUAGACUAUGUCAGGUGAAAAACAGACCACAAGAUCAAGUAUUAGAAAAUCAAUGUUAACAAUCUAGAUCCAGCCUUCCUGGAACGUAUGCAUGAUGUGUGUCUUUAUGAAUUAUAGGUCAACCUCAGUAAGGGUCAUGUCAGAUAGAACAAUAGGUACAACUUUUAAAAGAAAUGUAUCACUAAAGAUGAAGAUAAACCUUUGGUGAAAGAGGUUCAGUUUUAAAACAGUAUUUGACCAUUUAUUUGAAUAUAUUCAUAUCGUGUCGAUUUGUCGGUCGUGAGUUUAGGACAGUAGUACACACAAGGCGCCGUACAGUUGCAUAGCUAAUGGACCCUAGAACACAGAACCGCUAGAUGUUUUUCAAUACAAAACAACUGAUUUUACGUACUUUCAACUUCUUCAUGAACAUACAUAUGUGAUACAGCACUGAAGAGAGUAUUGCAGACUAUUACGGCCAUAUUCUCCAGGCAAGGACGUAGAAUUCAGCCCAGGAAGACUGCUUAAGGAUGUAAAAAUAUAUGAUAUGGUUUUGUUAAGGAAUGUGUUAUUGGAAUACAGCCACAUAUAGAGUACUUUGAUAUAAUGCUGAUUUAGAUAUAGCUAUGCAUGUAUAAUCAUAAAGAUGGGUUUCCUGUGUUUCUGCUAUUGUUGAUGACAAAAAUGUUGUAUCAAUUUCGUUCGUAAUUUUGUCAUUUCACCUUGCAGGCGAAAUACAAUUGUAAAUACAAAAAAAUGUGAGAGAUUUAGAAACUUUUUUGUUUAUCUUGACUUUUUCACGACCAAGGAAAUAAAUAUUUUAUAUAGAAACCAUAAACACAUAUAUUCAUAUAAAAGAAAAUGAUUAAAAGUUUGUUUUUUCUUAUUAAUCCAGUUGUCAUGAACAGUUCAACAUUUGCAUCUUUUACCAAACACAUUAGUUUUCUUUUCAAAGAAGUAUUACUGAAUAUAAUUUAUGAAAUUCGCAUUGCAACAAUGCAUCAUACAUUAUUAUUUAGCAUGACAUUAUGCGAAUACAACGGCUUUUCAUCGUCCUUUUAAAAAGUUAAAACAUUCUGACUGGAUUGUUGAGAGGAAAUAAUGGCCAUUAUAAAUGUCACACAGGAAUAAGCAUGAUGACAAACAAUUUGUACUCAACAAGGAAGAGAAAAUAAACAGGAAGUGCACUUUGUAACACUCAACCUUUGGCAUUAUGUACGGUUAUCAUCACGAUUAAAGAGAUCGGAAUAGUUAGACCUCAGCAUUUAAGAAGUGUCCUAUACGGAGGGCAAAUGAUUAAACCUUAUUGAAGCAGUAUUUGUUAAAAUAUACAUAUAUAUAUUAUAUAUAGUUAUAUAUAUAUAUAUAAAGUUUUGUAUUAACCUUCUAUAUGUUCAAUGGUAUUUUUUCAAAAUUACAACCAUCAAAACAAUACAAAAUGGUGAAGACUAUGAUGCCUUCAUCUGCGCAAGACCUUUUGUCUCUCUGGGUCUGAAACUACACAUAAACAUAUUCUGAUAUUCAUCAUAGGCAAUACUAUUGAAGCAGACCAGAAUGAAUACAUAGCAUAUUUGUAAUUUCAAUCUUUGAUUUCAUACGAGGGUGUAGUAGUUUAUAAUCUAAAUGGGUAAAUACAGUAAUUGUCUAUACAUAUGGACGUGUUGUGUGAUAAUGAAUUAAUUACUUAAGUAAAAGGUAAAAGAAGGAAGAUAUGAGUGAAGAUUUAUCCCAGACUAGUUAUUAGGCACAAAUGGAAGAUAUCAAAAUUAAUUAACAGCUUUUUAAUUUGAUAUGUAAUUACAAUAAAAACGCUUCAAACAUUAAAAUGAUGUCGACCCGACAGGCGUGACUUUACUUUUUAUACAAAUCUGUUCACAGGCAAUAACAAUCGAACCAAGAAAGGCAGGGUGUUUAGACAACACAUUUCCAUUUUUCUGCUUAAUGUUCUAUAUUCAUCUAUUCAUAUCUGUUCAACGCGAAAAUUAUUUAAGAUUCUUCGGUUUCUUUUUAAAUUCACUUUAAUGUUGAUUAUUAUGAACAGAUUUAUAUAAAGUGGUCUUCUAAUUUGCAAUAUUUUUAACCACAUAACAGCAUACGUCCCAUUUUCAAACCCCGUCGCAUUAAUUAUUUUAAUAUGUCAUGUCAAAAUAUUGAUGUCGAGAUACCUGAUUUCGAUUUGCGGUUCUUAAGUAAAAUUACUUGGUAUUAGUUGUCCGUACACAUGCUGACAUUUUGAGCAACUGCACCUUCUUGUAUGUGUGUGUUUAUAGGAAAAAUUUGUGAAGACAUCAGUUAGCUUAUAUGAACCUCUAUCGAGUCCGGUUCAUGGUCAGAAACCGGCAUUGGUAUUCUUUUGAGAAACAUUGAGAACAUCCCUUAGUGUGGCUCGAACCCAAGACCUGGCAGUUACUUGAGUGUUACAUACAAAUAAUUAAAAGCUGGUUAAAAUUGUUCUUUUAAAUGUAAUGAUUUAUAACAUUUACAUAUGUUCUUUGAAUUUCUCCUGUCUCAUAUCUGAGUUCAAAAGAAGAAUAUGGUCGAUACUCUUAUACUCAUCGAGAUCAAAGGUUUAAAUUAGGUAAAUUAUGUAAAGACUUUCUUAAAGUUUAAAUGUCCCUUUAAUUUCAAUAUAAGGCAAAUAACUUAUCAAAGAAGAAAUAUGCAAAACUACAUAUUGCUAUGUUAAUAAACUUUGCUAUGUAACAUAAAAAUAUUAUACUUAUAAUGAGUGUUAAUACCUUUUUAAAUGAUUUUUGUAUUUUUGUGCGGUAAUGAUUGCCGUGGUGUAACAUCUGUAAUUGCUUGUGGUGUCUGGGGUCGUUUGGAAUGUUGCCGGACGUUGGUUUAGCCAAUAUAACUAUUGUUUCUCUUGCUCAUUUGUAAUAUACAUAUCUGUUGUCUUGGGCCGGUGGCCUUAAACAAAUAAAUAUUGAAAUUGA